GCAUAAUCCUGAAGUUUUGGUCCCAGCACAGUGUGAUGCAAAGUUUGAGAUAGACUCGUACACUGAGCCGAAUUAUCUGUACGAAGGUAUCCUGGUUCUUAAAGCUCUUCUGCUCCAGAAAGCUGCUCCAAACAAAUUUAAAACGUUAAUGUCUAUGCAGAGUCAUAUAGAAGAUAGAAGAGGUACAAUUGUUUGGGAGAAAGUACAAGAGCGGAUUGUGGAUGUUCUCAAGAAAACUCUAGGAAUUAUGGUAUUCGAGGCAAUUUGUCCUGAGUAUGAUUUUUCUGAUGAAACAAUCCAGACUAUAGUUGGUAUCCUGGAUACUAAUAAGAAAGAGAUUAGGCUUGCAUUCACUGAUGUAGAGGCUGUGUAUGCAACUGCAUGUCUCAUGGAGCAUAAUUGCCAACCAAAUGUGAAAUUAAAUUUUGCAAAGGAUUUCAUGAUAACUGUAGUAGCAGGCCGUGAUAUUGCUGAAGGAGAGCAUAUUUCAACUAUGUACACUCAUGCACUCUGGGGAACCAUUGCUAGGCGUGAUCAUCUUCAUCUGUAUAAACAGUUUUGGUGUACAUGCAAGAGGUGUGCGGAUCCAACAGAGUUUGGAACCAACUUUUCAACUCUUCUCGAUAACGGUCAUCCAAUGCUUCCGGAAGAUCCCCUCAACUCAGAAUCCGACUGGAUCUGUGAAAAAACAGGAAAAGUGAAGACUGCCCAGGAAGUUAAGAUAGAGCUCACUAAGAUUGGACAAGAGUUAGAGAUGAUUCAAACCAAGGGAAUUGUUGAUGAUAUUGAACAGUUUAUUGAGUCACAUUCUAAGGAGCUGCAUCCUAAUCAUUACCAUAUGGUGACAGCUAAGCACAACCUUCUCCAGAUGUAUGGCAGAACUGAGGGAUAUCUUAUCCAGGAUAUGACUGAGGAACAACUGAACCGAAAGAUUGAUCUAUGUAAAGAGAAUCUAGAGAUCUUGAGUAAAAUAGAUCCUCAUAUGAUCAGGUUGGAAGUUUACAGUGCAGCAGCACACUUUGAACUUCAUCUUCCUCAACUACAGCUUGCUAAAAGAAGUUGGGAAACUGGAAAGCUUUCUACAGAGGAAUUCAGGGAACGUCUGAAGGAACCACAUAGCUCUGUACUGAAAGCUAUUGAACUGUUGAAGGAGGAAGGAAAUGAUCUUCUUCCUGAAGGUCAACUCCUGUUACAGGCUCGUGAUACGUUGACUCAGUUAGAAGGAUUCAUGAAGACAGUUGGAUGCCAGUUCUAAUCAAUCAAUCGAUCAAUACUCAAAUUGUUAUAAAAUUCAAUACUUAGAAGAAUUUGCUCAUAAUUUUUUUGGUUUAUCAAAUUGUACAAAGAUCCGACUAUUGUUUAUUGUUAUACUUGACCAACUAUUAGUUAAUUCACAUAGAUAAAUCUUAUACAUGUACAUCCAAGAAGAAAACUACAAAAGUAACCAAUUGGCUUGAUUUGUAGGUUAUGUACAUUGAAUAGAUCUGUACGUGAGUAUAGAGAAAUAAAGGCAAAAAAGAACAUUUCAGUUUUUCCCAAUAGUCAAAUAUAGAGAUAGAGCUUUUAAAAUAUCUAUGAAUUUUCUUACAAUUGUGAUAAACAAAUUUGAUAUUUUGUUUAUUAACUGUUCCGGUAUGAGUUUCUACUAUUUUCUCCAAAGGUUAGCAUAAUUGUUGAAAUAAUGUCUUUUUCAGGCUAAAAUUAGAAAAAAAUACUUUUAUUCUUGCCUCUCAUUCAAAAACCCAUUAAAGAAUUAUGCUGAUCUAAAUGUUGAUUUUGUUUAUCAUGAUUUCAAGAUAAUUUACAGAAGUAAUGAAAUUGAAAGUGCUAUAUAGCAAUAAUACUUACCGUGGGCGAAGCUGAUAUUUCUCUAAGAAAAUAAAGCUAUAUUAAAGUAUAACUUACAAAUCAAGCCAAUUUUUGCUUUUGCAUUUAUGUUUGUUGGAUGUAUACACAUGUUAAAUUUGGUUCUCAAUGUGAAAUAACCAAUAUUUGGUCAAGUUAAAACAUUUAAUGAUCAGAUUUUUUGUACAAUCCUGAAAACCUAAUAUUUGAAUA